AUGGAUUCGGAGUUUGGGGUGCUUGAAAUUGGCCAAGAUGGGAGUUUUUACACAGAGGAAAUUGACAAGUGCUACAAAGCAGGAAGAUAUGAGCCCUUAGGCAAUGAAAGAGACAGACAGACAGACAGGCAGACUGAAGCUAGCUUUCUCUCUGUCCUGCCAGGACCUGAAAGUCUGGGCCAAAGCCUAUCUCUCCCAGUCCAGGAGGGCCAGUUCCUACGCCUGGACUGUGUUGCCGACAGCAACCCUCCUGCCAGGAUGAGCUGGAUCCGGGGGAGCCUGACCCUGAGCCCCUCCAAUUCCUCGAACCCUGGGGUCCUGGAGCUGCCCCGGGUGCAACUGGGGGACCAUGGGAAAUAUGUCUGCCGAGCUCAGCAUCCGUUGGGCUCUAAUGAAGCAUCUCUGAGCCUCGUUGUGAAAAACCCCCCGCAGCUGCUGGGACCCUCCUGCUCCCAGGAGGAGGAAGGUCUGCACUGCGACUGUUCCUCCGGAGCCCAGCCGGCCCCCUCCCUGCGCUGGCGGCUGGGGGAGGGGCUGCUGGAGGGGAAUUUCAGCAACGCCUCCUUCAAGGUCACCUCCAGCUCGGCUGGGCCCUGGGUCAACAGCUCCCUGAGCCUCCACGAGGGGCUCAGCUCUGGCCUCCGACUCAGCUGCGAGGCCCAGAACGGCCACGGGAAACAGAGCGCCACUGUCCUGCUGCUGCCAGGAAGGCCAGCACCCAGGACCGGUGUGGUUUGGGGGGCCGUCGGGGGAUCCGGCGUCACAGCCCUCCUAGCUCUCUGCCUCUGCCUCAUCUUCUUUGUAGUGAAGAUCUACAGGAAGAAAUCAGCGGAGAAGGCAUCAGGCAGAGAUGGCGUCCGUCCCGCACUGACUUCCAUCUCUCUGGGUCACCUCAAUGAAUCCUGUUCAGACAGCCCCUCGGACUACCAGACCCCAGCUCCGGCCACCUCCACCCCAGGGAAGGAGCAGGAGCUCCAUUACGCCACCCUCAACUUCCACAGGCUGAGGACCCACAACUUUCAGGACCAGGACACCACUGAGUACUCAGAGAUCAAGAUCCAGAAAUGAUGCCCCCGCCCCCAACCCCAGAACCAGGCUGGAGCCCAGAAGGUGCAUCUCUGAAGAAAAUGUGUGCCAGGCACCGAUUCUUGAGGACUUGGCUGCCCUCUGAGCCAGAGCUUACAAAUGAGGAGGUGAAGCUCCUUGGAGCGGCUGAAGGGCACAGAGAGUCCUAGGUUCAAAUCCAGACCCUGGCAACCCUAAGGGUGUUAUAUCAGGCAAAUCACUUUACCUCUCUGUGCUUCAGUUUCCUUCUCUGUAAAAUGGGGAUAAUAUCCAUUAGGCACAUUGUUAAGUGGGAAAAAUGCACUUUGGGAGCUGCUAACUACAUUGUUAUGUGUUAAGUUAGCCUCAGCAUGGAGGGAGAUGUCAGCUCUACCACAUAUUUCUGUUUUGCCUGACUGUUUUUAAGAACAUGAAUUAUUUUUUGUUUGUUUGUUUUUCCGGGAGGGAGGAGAUAAAACAUGUAUUAUUUUUUUUAAGUAAAUCUAAAUUUACCUCUCUGGAUGGAGACGAUAUUUCCCAAUACAUGUACCUAACAAAGGA